UGAAAAUAUUUGAAUUUAGCCUGAACAGACGGUUAACUUUUAAAUUUAUUUUCGCGCCUAUAUUUUAUAGCACCCUAUGACAUCUCUUGCGGAUAUUUUUAGUACUUUUUCCGUCGCUUUUUGACACAUUCUCCUGCGGAUUUUCUCGAGUGUGAAAUUUUUCAUCUGAAAAAUCCGUGAAAAGAGAAAAUGCAGGGUAGCUCAAAUUUUGCAUACGAUGUGAAAAGGGAAGAUUCAUCAUCUCAAUCAACUAUUCAACAAAAAGAACAUGAAGAAAUCACCAAUAUUGCCGGACCACAGAAAGUCAGGCGUAGACAAGCAUCAUGUCAACAGAAAGAAAAGUUACUGAUUGGGAUGGAAGAGAAUUGGAAAAUUCUAUCCUGCACUCCCAGAGGACCAGAGCAAAGGGCACAGCAUAAAGAAGCUUGGGAACGUCUGACCAGAGAACUCAAUUCAAUGGCACCUCAUGAUGGACCAUGGAAAACCGCGGAAGAAUGGAAGAAGGUCUGGAUGGAUAUGAAAUAUUUUGCAAUGACCAAAAAAAGGGCACAAGCAGCCGCUGAGGGAAGACCUGUAUAUUACAGUGGGAGACAUGCAAAAAUAAUAAGAUUGAGUAUGUCUGAUGGGAAAGAAGGUGGCCAGAGUGGAAAUUCUUCUGGGAUUGAUGGCUUUGAUUCCAUAGAUGAAUCGAUGAAUGUGAGAAGAAUUGAUGGGAUAGAAAUACUUUUUCGACGCUAAUUUAAGGACUUCUUUCAGAAUGAUUCAAUAAAUGAAGCUCCAUCGAUGUCUCCUGCUCCCGUUGAUCCACUUCAGGGAGUUGAUCCUCAGUACAAUGCCAUACUCCUAGAGAAUUUGAAGACUUCACCAGCAUCUUUUCGAGCAGAAUCUCCCGAAGUGCCAGAACCUCCAGAACCUGAACUCCAGCAACCACAUAACCAAAGUUUUGCCCCAACUGUAACCUCGUCUUCCAGGAAUAACAACCAGCACCAACAGACAUACGAAGUUCUUCCUCCAGAACCAUAUACUCUUCGUGAAAUGCAAUUUUAUCAUUUGCUAAAGAAGGCGAGGGAGGAAAGGGACUUUUUCAAAACUGAAUUUGUUAUAAUGAGAGAAAUGAUGCAGGAUGCUAUGAAGCUACUGAAGGAUAAACAAUAAAGUAUUUUUAGUGAUUGUAA